AUGGAGAGAACCGCCGUGCUUGGAGGUCUGCCAUCCAAUCACCUUCUCCCUCCGUCGCGUACUGCAUCCUCCCUUCUCCGUUUCUCAUCUUCAUCUCCCCACUCCUCAUCGUCCUUCGCUGUUGAUAGGAGUCUCGGUGUCUUCAAUCCUCCAUCUCUGUCUCUCAAGCGGCUACAGAAGCAGCUCCCUUCUCUUACCGCUGUGCAUUCCGUCUCCCCUUUCAAGCGGGAUGCCGUCGCUUCCGGCACCUACAGCACUGGACCGGCCGAUGUGGCUAGUAUAGACUGGGACAAUCUGGGGUUCGGAUACAUAGCGACUGAUUAUAUGUAUAUGAUGAAAUGUGACCAAGGCGGGACCUUUUCUAAUGGCGAACUGCAGCGCUUUGCGAACAUUGAAUUGAGCCCUUCUGCUGGAGUGCUAAACUAUGGCCAGGGGCUUUUUGAAGGUUUGAAGGCUUAUAUGAAAGAAGAUGGAAAUAUCCUCUUAUUUCGUCCCGAGGAAAAUGCUACCCGCAUGCAAACGGGUGCUGAGAGGAUGUGCAUGCCAGCUCCUACCGUUGAACAGUUUGUGGAAGCUGUAAAGGCGACAGUUUUGGCAAAUAAGCGUUGGGUACCCCCUCCUGGUAAGGGGUCCUUAUACAUACGGCCAUUGCUCAUGGGAAGUGGAGCUGUCCUUGGUCUUGCACCUGCACCUGAAUACACCUUUUUGAUCUACGUUUCACCUGUAGGAAACUACUUCAAGGAAGGUCUUGCACCAAUCAAUUUGAUAGUUGAGCAUGAGUUACAUAGGGCAACUCCUGGUGGUACUGGAGGUGUGAAGACCAUUGGAAAUUAUGCUGCUGUUCUUAAGGCGCAAUCGGCUGCCAAAGCCAAAGGUUAUUCUGAUGUCUUGUAUCUUGAUUGUGUUAAUAAGAAGUACCUGGAAGAGGUAUCCUCAUGCAACAUUUUUGUUGUGAAGGGAAACACAAUAUCUACUCCUGCAAUUAAGGGGACAAUCCUUCCUGGCAUCACACGAAAAAGUAUAAUUGAUGUUGCUCGAAGCCAAGAGUUCCAGGUUGAAGAGCGACUUGUAGCUGUGGAUGAGUUACUGGAUGCUGAUGAAGUCUUCUGUACUGGAACAGCGGUGGUUGUAUCACCUGUUGGAAGCAUUACCUACAAGGGUGAAACGAAGAAGUACGGGGGUGGGGGUGUUGGUGCCGUCUCACAAAAGCUCUAUACUGUGCUUACCAGUCUCCAGAUGGGUCUUACAGAAGACAAGAUGAACUGGACCUUGGAGCUGAACUAG